UGUAUGUCAGGUGCGUGUCUGUAGUUCUGCUGCUCGAGACGCACAGCAUCCCCAGGUAGCAGAGGAACUGGACGUAGGAAAUUCGGGAUACAGAGAAGAAUUUGCAGCGUUUGACUCAAGAGACAAUUUGUAAAGUAUAUAGACGCCGACGAGCUAUUAAAUUGUCGUGGAAUCUGAUACGAAGAAUUGGCAUAGCGUAGUACCUGCCUUCUGUCGCACGCAUCUGUUUCCAUGAUGCAAACAAUUCGCAAGAUAUACCACGCUUUCUUAGCAAAAUAUUAAACCAUUUUGUAACAAACGUUGACCAAUUUGGAGCUGAGAAUCUCCUAGAUACAGUUUAUCAAAACAGUUGAAUAUCUCAUAUCACAGACAUUACACUGAACAAGGAAACUUCUUUCUGUCUUUUGCUACCGCGAAAUUUGAAUAUACAAGUAGAUUACGCAGUUGUAAAAACAAAAAUAAAUAUUUUAUAUAAAAAUAUUUAAUACAGGUUGUUAAAAUUAACCCCGAAUAACAGCAAAAUAAAAAUAUACAUAAAAUACUGUAAAAUAGCUUUUGAAACUUACCUGCGUGUUGAUUGUAGAAAAAGUAAUUGAGUUGGAAGAUUUUCGGUGUUAUUGUGGUUUUUGAAAAAGGCUAAUUCUCAUUUGUCAAGUCGGUGAAUUUGGCAACAAAGGAGAAUCAAAUCGCGUAACUUUGGAUCUUGUCUGCAAAGACUUUGCGGCAGUCCCCGUAUGCUUGUAACGGGAUGAUUCACCAGAAAUAGUAUUGAGACAAUGUGUUCGCUGAACGUCGCUUCGAAUGGAUUCCUCGACAGGAAACAUAAGUUUUAUUUGAAGUACCUUAAUCGAAAACAAACAUAAUUAGAAUUGUCUUGAUUGUUUAUAUCAGCAACUGAGGUUAGUUGUCCCGUUCUAAUUUUUUGACAGCGUUGUAAGAUUAUUUAACAAUUAUGUCACUUCAUUGAGGAUCCAGUUGUUGUUCACAUGGAGACAUUGAGUACAUCUUGGUACUCCACCGACGAUAUGGCUGUUUCAGCCGAAAAUGUGACAUUUAACAGCCCCAGUACCGCAGUGGACUCGGAGGAGGAAUCUUCCGCGUGGAUGACGGAAAUGUGGAACUGGACGACAGUGAACUCUAGCGGUGGCAACAACACUUACAUGCCCCACUGCGACGCAGAGAAGCCAAUUUUAAUCAUCAUCAUCACGCAGGUGCUGUACAGUGUAGUGUGCCUGGUGGGGCUGCUAGGCAACACUCUCGUCAUCUACGUGGUCGUUCGCUUCUCCAAGAUGCAGACCGUCACGAACAUGUACAUCGUGAACCUGGCUGUAGCCGAUGAAUGUUUCCUCAUCGGCAUACCCUUCCUACUGACCACGAUGAGUCGCCAGUCGUGGCCCUUCGGAAAGAUUAUGUGCAAGGCGUACAUGACAACUACAAGCAUCAACCAGUUCACCAGCUCCAUAUUUCUGACCAUCAUGAGCGCGGAUCGCUACAUCGCCGUGUGUCAUCCCAUCUCGUCCCCCAAAAUUCGGACUCCCCUCAUCAGCAAGGUGGUGAGCCUCACGGCCUGGACAGCCAGUGCUCUGCUGAUGGUACCAAUCUUCAUGUACGCAAGUACCGUGGACCGGGAACAGACAGAUACGUCGUGCAACAUCUUGUGGCCAGAGAGCGAACAUAUCAGCGGCCAGACCGCCUUCACACUCUACUCCUUCAUCCUGGGGUUCGCUAUCCCCCUUUUGCUCAUCUUCGUCUUCUACUUCCUCGUCAUACGGAAGCUGAAAACUGUUGGUCCAAAGAACAAGUCGAAAGAGAAGAAAAAGUCUCAUAGGAAGGUCACCAAAUUGGUACUCACUGUCAUAGCCGUCUAUGUCCUCUGCUGGCUUCCCUACUGGAUCACUCAGAUGGCUCUCAUAUUCACGCCACCGAACGUGUGUCAGCCCAUCAUCAGCUUCACCAUCUUCCUAUUCGCGGGUUUCCUCAGCUACUCCAACUCAGCCAUGAACCCGAUACUCUACGCCUUUCUGAGUGACAACUUCAAGAAGAGUUUCCUCAAGGCCUGCACCUGUGCCGCAGGCAAGGACGUCAAUGCGACGCUGCACAUGGAAAACAGCGUCUUCCCGCGACGCCACCAUCGCCAGGCGGGUUCAGAGCGCCUCAGACUCCCUCUGGGUGGACAGGGGACUGGGGUUACCAAGAGUGGUACCUCCGCCGAUGAGGAGGGAGAACGAGGUCCUCUGGUCAGCAAGGCCGACCACUCCACCACCGCGAUCACCAUGACUUCGCGGUCUAACAUCACAGUCAGCAGCGACAACAAAGAGUCAACGAGUAAGGAGUCUGGACGUAAGGAAACUAUGCUCAGAAACGGACAAGAGCCGACGCAGGUGUAGAUAACAGUUGUGCUCAAGGGUCUGGCGAAGAUUGUCAUUCAUUUUCCAGGACAAUCCGUGUGAAUUUCACGGUUGUCAGUCCAUAUCAUUCAGCAAUUGCCCUAGGACGUACCGGCGUAUAACAGUUCCGCGCUUGGGUCGCAGGUGGUGUCAUUUGGUAGCGUCGAACACCUGGUGUCGCUCAAGGCCGAAGUGUCACCUUACGCCCAAGACAUGAUUCCGCUCUGUCUAGACCCACAAUCCUGACGCAAGAUUUUUAAACUAACAAAUUCAAAUCUCUUCCAAAGAAAAAAGACGACACUCCUCAGUAAAUUUGUGUUGAAAUCUUCGUAAUUUAAGCAGAUAAGAGUGAUUGAUUUAUGUAGCGAUUUCGUGUUACCCGGAAACAAUUUCCUAUCCUGUAUCUAGAACGUAGAUAGUGACUUCUUCGCCAUCGAGGUCCAUGAGAGAUUGGCGCCGGAUGAAAUUAUACUUGGGAAGGAUUUCCCCAGAGUACUUCAGUUUUUCCCUCAGGCAUUCAUCAUUUCAGCAAUUUCUGUACUCUGCCCCUGAAAUAAAUGCAACCACCCAAUACACUUUCACAUCAACUGAUUCAGCGUUUGUCUGGACACAGAAAUGUUUAUUUUGUUUUGUUUGAAUUAUUUGGCAUAUAAGUAAAGUAUUAGCCAUUUUUACUGUAAAUUCCUCAAUUAAAUAUAUUAAUACAGAAGUUAAGUAAGGGUAAUAAUGGAAUAACCUGCAAAGGGCAAUCUCCUAGUGCCCAGUAGGUCUUAAACCCUUUUAGACUCCCAUGAGGUGACGCCCAACAUUCUUGGGAAAUAAUAUUCUGAUCCGGUGCCAAACCUACAAAUUCAGCCACAACUUUACUAAAAUUAAUUUUUCUGUUAAGAUUUUUCAUGUCUUCGAAUAAAUUUCCUAUGAGGGGGGGGGCGUGUCUUUCGGGGGUCUGUCCAAAAUGGGGCCCUGUCAUUUAGAUGUCAACAUUUAUGGACCUUGAAAAGUUAAAAAGGUUAUUUCCAUCACAGCCUGCUGAUGGUUUAGAAAAAGUAUCUCUCAACAAAUUCUGAAUGCAAACAAUUAAUAAUAAUUUUCUGUUGUCAUAAUGUUUUCUGUGUUUCCUGACAUAGACAGUAAAUUAUCCCAUUUUAUCGAAGUGUCCAGUGUUAAUAUUAUUCUUUGUAAUUUUUGAAGUGUCUAUAGAUUUAAAUCAUUCUAUAGUCUGUAGCGUCAACAAAACUUUAAAUUAAUUCAUGUUGUGUACAGGAUAUUAAAGAUAUUAAUUUUAUUGGUUAGUGUUGCUGUUGAAAUUUACAGAUUCUGUCUCUAUAAACAAUUAAAAAUACGUGGAAAGUCGAGUUCUAGUCAGAAAAAGGGAUUAUGCAGGGUAAUUAAAGCGGUGAUCUGAAUAAUAUUAAAAAAAAUGACUGUAAAAUAUAUUUAAGACACAAACGCUCAGAUAUCUUACAUUUUUAAGCAUGUGUCUAACGCGUGUAGUAAAUUUGUUGUCAAAAUUCGUGAGGUUUAUUGACGCAGAAAAUUCAAAAAAAUAAAUCGUCCACUUACUGCAAUUAAUAUUCAUAUCACGUGGAUAAAUGACAAUUCUUGUUAUAAUUGUAGAUGAAUGCAAGCUCACAGAGUGUUUUUCUUGCUGUAACGAUCAGCUGUUCGUGACGAAAUCAAAUGUGGGGAUGAUAAUGACUGAAUUUGCCUUCGUCCAUUCUAAAUAACUGAAGCAUAUCGAGGAUUGGCGUAAGAACUGGGAGAAACAGAUAAUGAGGAACAAGAAAUAUUGCGAUGUUUACGAAUUACUUCCGCCCACGAACUGUGAAACAUCAGAGUCGAAGAGAAAAUAGAAAAAAACAGGGUAUUUUUAUUGUAGGCGCAUGACACAUCAAAGUUGCCUGCCUUUCCAAAUUAAAAUUUGAGUCAAUUGUAAACACAAGAAUUUGUGCAGGAGCCUAUAUGGAAAGGCCUAUAUUAAUGUCUACCCUUCAAAGUCUAGUGGUAAUUAUAUAUACCACCUGCUUUAAUAUUCAAUAACUGUGCGUUUUUCGUUUAUAUGUUUCGUAUGAUUCUCAGUGUAAACAGCGAUUAUUUCCUUAAACAGCGUUAACCAGUUGAUCUUUGUAAUGGUGAAGUGUUGUGUUUUCUUCGCGGUACGGACUGGAUUCUUAAAUAUUAUUUAGACGAGCUUAGGCUUCAAUGGGUUAAGAUCCCAACACUGGUGCUGACUCAGAGACAAUCUUUCUUACAGGUUAAUUUGCCUGUGAUUGAAUUGAAGUCUAGGUUAUUUUAUCGCUGUUCAAAAACAGUUAAUUUUUAGGAGGUGUUACUGUUUCUGAAGAACAGUUCUUAUGAACUGUGUAACCCUGAUAUUAUUGCAGAACUGCAGAACGAUCUGUUGUAAAUAAUGCUGAAUUUAUGUAGAUAUUUGUUCGCUGUAAUGUCUACAAAGUAUGCUUCCUGUUUUAUCACCUGUAUGCAAUUUUUAAAUCAGAAAUGAAAUAUGAUCAACAAGGUUUUCUACUUGAGCCCAUAAAAUCUUGUUUUCGUAUUUCGUAAACGUGCACGUUCAGCUGAGAACAAGCUAGAGGAGAUGGUAGGCCAACUCAGUUCUAGAUCUGUUGAACACGUUUGUAUGUUAAAAAUAGCUCAUCCUCGGUGUUUGACUGUGAAGAAAACAUCAGUUCAAUACGAAUGUGUAAUUUUUUUUUAAUAUUUCUUUAGUGUAAUCACCUAUUUUUGUACAAAAAUCACAGUAAUAGCAAAAUGCAUCAUUUGGAAGUGUCUGACAAGUUACGUGUAAUAUUUCUGGUUGUAGUUGUUGUGUACAGACUCCAGACGUAAUAAAGAACAACCAAACGUUCACUGCUCCUGCCCGAUACCUCCCUCUUUGUCUGACUUGUCUUUCAUCAUCUUUGAAAUCAUGUCAUGUCAGUGUCUGGUUGGUCUCAAAUUUAUCAUGAUCGAAAAUCCUGAAAAUAAAUUUGUUGUAAAAAAAUGUAUUGGUAAAUAUAUUGACAAGAUGAAAUAAAAUUUUAUUUGAACUAUA